CCGGAUUAUACACGUGGGCCUCUUCUGUAAUGGGACUGUGUAAAUGUCCGAAGAAGAAAGUCACCAGUCUGUUUUGCUUUGAGCAUAACGUCAACGUAUGUGAACACUGUAUGGUUUCCAGUCACUUCAGAUGUAUCGUACGUUCUUAUCUACAGUGGCUUCAAGACAGUGACUUCAGCACGCUGUGUGGACUCUGUAACAAGUCGUUGAAGGAGGGUGACGUCUUAAGAUUCGUGUGCUACGGUGUGCAAGCCAUACACAUAUCCCGGAUGAUGACAUUACUAUUACGCCAUAUUAUAGAUAUAUUUCACAUUAACUGCUUGGAUCGUUACGCAAGGUCAUUGCCUUUAAACACAGCACCGGCUGGAUACACCUGUCCCACUUGCAAGAGUGGUAUCUUUCCUGCGGAAAAUCUGGUUUCCCCGGUUGCCGAUGUUGUUCGAAGACAGUUGGCCGAGUUGCCAUGGGCUCGAGCAGGAUUGGGACUGUCCUUGUUGUCGGGUCAGUUGAUGCCCAAGGGUAGUUUCAACACGGAGACGAGUCGCCCAGAUUCUGAUACUGGAUCUCGAGAUGAAGGCAUUGUCGUUGACACUUCUACCAGAACUGUUGAAGAUGCAGCACGGGAGUUGGAAAUAGCAAUGGAACGAGCAACGGCACAAAGAAAAAAUGUUUGGUCAACACCAGCACUCGACGACACAGAUGGUGGUGGGUCGUACAGUGUAGAGGCUCGGAAUGUACAUAGAGAUGGCGUCAUGGCGCCACCUUUGACUGACGGCACCGUCGACCACAACAGAGCAACAGUCGUACAGAUGGAUCACGAUGAAUACAAAUACAGACGACGUUCACCACUUGAACUCUUGUCCAGAUGGUUUGGCCUUCGAUGGGGCAAGAAGAAUUCUACCACGCCUCGUUCUAAGUAUAGACGUCGCUUUGUCAUCGCUCUACUGCUUGUCUUGGCAGCCAUCACGUUUGUUGUUGUAUUGAGUUACUUUAGCCAAUCAACUUCUGAGGACGAUCUUGCUUUUCUGGACCCAAUGAAUAAUCCUAAUAUUCGAGUAGUUCACUAACACAAUUCAUCUAUUAAUUAAUAUAUGUUUUAUGUUUCUUAUGACUAACGACAUCGGAAGAGAUGUGUGACUGCAAAAUUUCGUUUGUGGUGUCAGGUGAUCGGUAUACACAUGAGCAUAGCCUGACACACAAACCAGCCCCACACAUCAAUAUCUUUCCCUGUCAAGCAAUGAAUUGUGUAAGGAUGAUUGAA